CUGAUUGCAUCGGUUUGUAUAACUUGUUCUCGCCAUGUUGAUGUGAAAGUGUUCCCAAAAACAAAAUUUGUGUACUUUGAAACCACGUGAACAAUUUCCAUAGAUCCAACAGUACUCAGUACAACGGAAAUCAUUUACCUGCGAGGAAUGUUCCGUCGUUAUUGUUUUCAGUUGUGCCGCUGUGUUAUGCCGUUAUUAUGGAAUAUAUAAUCGAGCAAUUACGGGAGUGAAAAUAAUUUUCUUUUUCGUAUUUUUUUAACAUUUUUAUUUAUUUGAAAAUUGUACGGUGUUAGCGUGAACAAACAUCUAACUGGUUAUUAGCCGCAAUGGAUGUACAAAUAGAAGAAAACGGUUAUUAGUGUGCUUGUGCUUCUAUCAAAAAAUAAUUUUAUGGAUGAAUAAUUUUCCAUAAAAAAGUGGCGGUUUUAUGUUCAGGUAGCUGUAUAUGCUCACCAUUCAGUCAAUGUGUAUAGCGUGGACAGAUUUUGACGAGGAGUUAAUAUACAGUAACAGAUUUAUGCAAAUGAAAUUUGGACAAAAAAGCUGAAAUACUGCAGAUUCUACGUGUAGAGAAACAGCGCUUCAUCUACAAAACCGCAUAACUUUAAUUAAAAAGUUGGUUGUAUGCAUCGUGAUACACAAGUUCAUCUAACUUAUUUACAUAAUUCAAUUCGAGUAGGAAAACUUUACUUAGCAUGAAAAAACAUUAAAGUAAAACGAAAACAUAAUAAAAAGGUGACAAUAAAAGACAAAAAUCAGGACGAAUAGUAAAGGAAGUAUUCGCUGUCUCACUGAUAAUAUUUAACAUACACGAAUGUACACUGCAUGUGUAAAACGUUUCGAAUAGGUGGAAAAAUAAAAAUAUUUCCCUUUUCUUUCUGUAGAGAAAUAUGAGUGUCGUAAUAUGUUUGAACAGUGUCAUUUCAAUUCUAAAUUAUAUCCAUGUGAAACAGAACAUCUGAAAAUGGUUAUACUGUGACUGUACGCGGGUGCUCACUGUUCCUUGCUUUAUUACAGAAAUUAAUUUUUUUCGUGACAGGAUGGCGUUAUGGCUGCUGAUGGGAGCUUUAUUUAUUGUUUCAGGCUCUUCAUUUGGCAGUUCAAGACGAUUUUUAACGGAUUUCCUACAAGAAUAUCCAACACCAGUAACCGGUCCAUAUUUUGACACAACCAUUCCAUCCAAUAUAACUGGUCUGGUUGGCAAGACUGUGCAUUUAGUUUGUAAAGUUAAGAACUUAGGAAAUCGAACCGUAUCUUGGGUUCGGCAUCGAGACAUUCAUCUGUUAACUGUCGGCCGUUAUACGUACACAUCCGAUCAGAGAUUCGAAGCAAUGCAUUCACCGCACACAGAAGAAUGGACACUUCGAAUAAGAUAUGCACAGCGGAAAGACACCGGAAUUUAUGAGUGUCAGAUCUCAACGACACCACCGAUCGGACAUCCUGUGCGACUGAAUGUAGUUGAGCCAAUAACCGAAAUUCAUGGAGGACCCGAUCUUUUUAUCAAUAAAGACAGCACGAUAAAUCUAACAUGUGUCGUCAAAUUUGCACCUGAACCGCCGCCAGCCAUGGUGUGGUCCCACAACCGUGAGGUAAUAAAUUUCGAUUCACCAAGGGGCGGCAUUUCUUUGGUAACCGAAAAAGGUAGACUUACGACCAGUCGACUCUUAGUUCAAAAGGCCAUACAAAGCGAUUCGGGUCUGUACACGUGUGCUCCAUCAAAUGCCAAUCCGAUAUCCGUUCGAGUUCACAUAUUGAAUGGAGAACAUCCAGCUGCAAUGCAUCACGGUACAUCGUCAAAAUGCAAGCAGCCGAGUGUCAUUGUUUUAGUUUUAACAUCGAUAGUGUUGUACAUUUUCCAGAAAAGUCGCUGGAAGUGUUAUCAUUCAAUUUGUACCGAAAUAAUGUAGUUAAUUGCCAGUACAGAUGGAAUAAUGAUAAAAUAAAUUGGUUCUCGGUUUUUAGGUAUAUUUAUCAUUCAUGUAAACACAAUAUAUUUGUAACUACAGUUGGAAAUUGUGUUAAAAAUUAAAAAUUUUAAAAUAAUGGCAACCACUUGCCACAGAAUAAAUGUCAUCAUUCGUUUGUGUUUUAUACGCUGUCGCUGAAUGUGGUUCAUUGUCAAUGUUAAUGAUUUUAAAAUGGAUGCAAUGGCUACGGUGAUAAAAUGAAGAAAAUUGUGACCAAAAAUUGACGAACGUUAACAAUACAGUUUCUGUCCAAGUCCAUCCUAAAACUUCACUUAAAAGCUUUUUGAACAUGCUAAGAAGGACACGUCUGUUCUUAAGAUACCAAAGAAUAAACGCUUACUCCUUUACAUAUUUAAAAUGUGCCGAGAAUUGUAAUCGUUUGGUCCCUAUUUGGAUAAGUGGGAUUGAGCACUUUUUUAAACAGGCCUACCAACAUCGGCCGCACUUUCUUUUCGAAGUUUUUUUUGUUAUUGAUAGGAUGCUGAACCCAUAUUUCAAAACUGCAGAUCGAAGAUGUAUUUUACUAGUGUAAAAAUAUUUACAAAUUUGCAAUGAAAAAUUCAUUGAAUUCGACUCACAGAUUUAGAUGAGUAAGGGAAAAUAGAGGACAAAAGAUAAGAAUGCAAAACAAUGUAAAAAAAAACCACAACCAAACACCAUUGUAACUGAAAAAGUUGAAUUUUUCUUACAAAAAUUGGUGCCAAAGCAAAUGAGGGUUGUCCUAGAAGCAUGUAUACUGUUUUGAAAUUAGAGUCUACAUUUAGGCGUUUAUUAUUGUAUUUACAAAAAUCGUAUUUCAA